UCACUCUGGAAUCCUAAUUAGGGUUGUUGCCUCUGUUUAAGGUUGUUUACUAGUUGAAUUGGAGAUAAUCGACUGGGUGGAGAAGUUUAGUUCAUUUCUGAAUGUGUUUACAUAAAUGUGUGUUUGGCUUGUUAUCUUUGUGAUUCAGUCCCAGAGCUGCCUGUUCAUGUCUAACUAACUUUAGAGCUGCCUGACAUGGGCUCCCUCCCCCCCUUCCCUCAUGUUUGACCAAUUGCCAGCAGCUGUUGCUCAUUUGACAAUAGGCCCGCCCAUCCAGAGCAGAGGCUGGUACUGAGGUUCUUAGCUCUCCGUUAGAAGAAGACGUCUCCACUGUAAGAGAAAAGGCGAUCUGCUGCUGAAGUCGAGGUCAUAUUGUGGAAGGAGAUCCUCACCAUCACUUUACAUCUGCUGGCCUGACCAGAAAAAACCCUCCCUAUGCUCCUGCAGGCGACAUGCAGGGCCCGGCCAGCACUCGCAGCCUGUUGCCCAGAGACUGCAUCCUAAAAGGCAUGGCCCUGAAGAGGCAACUGCUGGUGGCUGUGGGGGCCGCCGUCUGCCUCCUGUUAGUCUACAUGCUGUCUAACACGAUGCAGAUUCCCUUCCCUUAUCCCCGUGGUAGACCCAACGGUUUUGGGGAACAUGGGGGAAUCAGCACCUCUAACACCUCUCCACCCAAAUGGAGCAACCUCAGCCAGCCAAAUCCCACCGCCGCGGUACAGUAUGCAGCUUUAAAGAUUAACCCAGUCACCAAACCACCAAAACCAGCUCAAAACCAAAGCAGUGAUGCCUUAAAGCCCAGUUCAAGGUCUAAAGGUGAAGACCAAGCCAAGAAAAGCCCUGUGGCUCUGCCUGGGAAUCUUAUCAAACCACGGGGCCCCACAGAGCCACCCUACAUUGGAGAUUCCUAUAUGUCUGAGAACAUCCCUCCACAAACGGACUGCCCAGAUGGUAUCCGAAGUCGGAUAAAGAAGUCCGAGUUCGGAGGGCUGUUCCUGGAGCAUAUUCCCGUCCUGCAAUGGGCCCAACACGCGACUCGGGAACAGCACCAGCGUCUGAAACAGUAUCCAGGAACACACGGUUGGGGAGGCAUUGACUACGACACUCUGAAGGACACUCUGUCUGUGCUAAACUCGUCUGCAAACUGGAGGAUGCUGGAUGACUGGGAAACCCGGAAAAAUACAUCAGAGUGCAGCAGCUGUGCUGUGGUGGGAAACGGUGGGAUAUUAAAGGAGUCGAAGAAAGGGAAGGAGAUCGACGGCCAUCAUUAUGUCUUCAGAACAAACGGAGCGGUCAUUAAAGGCUUCGAGGAGGAUGUGGGGUCCCGGACCACCCACUACACCUUCUCCACAAACACACUAAUGAACUCCAUGAGGAGCUAUGCUGGUGCCGGCUACUAUGGACCCCCUGUGUCCCAGGAAACACGUUAUGUUUUCCUGCCUGAUCAUGACCGGGACUACCUGCUGAUGAAGGCAGCGGCCACACACAUACUGGUGGAGAAGGGACAUGACAAAGGCAACGACCCCACAAAGUACUUUGGAAAGGAUGUCUCUGCAGCAAAGCUGAAGAUGUACCACCCAGAUUUUAUUCGUUACCUUAGAAACAGAUUCCUUCGAUCAAACAUUCUGAACACCAAAUAUAAGAGCAUCUACCGACCAUCGACGGGGGCUGCCAUGCUUUUGGCUGCACUGCACUCCUGUGACCAGGUGAGUGCGUACGGCUUCAUGACGCCAGACUACGCAAACUACUCUGACCACUACUAUGAUAAAACAUAUCACAAGGUGGGCUUCUUCGUCAACCAUGACAUGCGUAUGGAGAUGAAUGUGUGGCAGCGGCUACACAAGGAGGGUCUCAUAAAGUUGUACAUGCGGCAGGAAAAACCACUGAAGUAAUUUCAUGGCUCCUGGAGAGACGGACAAAAUAAAAAGUUUUGUUUCGAUGAAGAAAUGUUUUUUUUUUUUUCCUUCCAAGCAACGGCUGGUUUAGUUGUUCCUGGAAGAGGAUGAGUUCCCCCUCAUUUGCUAGACUUUUUCUAAAUCAUGUUGGGCUUUUUUUUUUUUUUUUCUUCUAAAAACACUCCAGGAAAGGAUGCUACAACAUUUUGUCUACUUUAAAAAUAUAUAAUAAUAAUGAUAAUGAUAUUAAUAAUAUUAAUGAUAAUGAUAAUAAUGAUGAUAAUUAUGGCCGCCUUUGGAUUUCUGAGUCUUUAGAAAAAUCCACUGGAAAAGCUCCUGAAGCUUAAACUCCUUGAACUGCUGCUUAUACCUUACUGACCUCAGAAUUCAGCAUCCGAAAGUAUUUAUUCAAGUACUAAAAAGAUUAAUAUUUCAAAUUAUUACACAAAAAUAAUUAUAGUGAGACAUAUUCUAUUUCAGUUUUAAGACUGAUUUCCAAUUUUUUUAAAGGAUUGAUCUUCUGUUAUUUCUCAGCCAGUUGCGAAUCUGGACAACGGCUUUAGCCUUCCUAUAAAUAAUGAUUUCCAUAAGCCAAAUCGAUAUUGCACUGUAAAUGAGCUCAGUAAUAGCAAACCUUUUUGAUGUUUACAUUUUUAAACUGUCUUGGAAGGUAUCUAGCUCCAUUCCGUUUAGCCUUCCUGUUAUCUACUUAAAACGUUGCUCUCUUGUGCAUCCUGCAUGAUCUGUUGCCCGGUCUUUAAAUCUAAAAGAAAGCUGCAUAAAUAGUUUCUCACAUUUGCUCUUCAUCUAACUCGAUAUAAAAACAAAAAGAUAACCAAUACAAAUAAAUCCUGAGUCCUGCUGCAAAGCAUUAGCAUCUUCUUGUACUUUUUGGUAACCCAGCAGGGCUUAGCAUAGAGUUUACGACUCUCAGCUUUUGAGCUUCCAGUCAAGAAUCAAGUUAGCUACAUCACCGUCUGACUUGUCAUCGCAACUCUAAUUAUGUGUUUUAGCAUAAAAAAACCACUUAAGAUGUUAUCGCCUUGUAUUGCUAACAGCUUUGCCAGUGCCUUAGCUAAUGAGGUGCCUCUUAGGAAGUUUCAUCCUGCUUUUUUAACUUUAUGGUUUCAUCAAAGUCUAAAAACCUCUGAGUGCAAUGCUUAAAAAAUAAAUGAAUAGCAUGCUAAUAUUACCAGAAAAUUCAGAUUGCAUUGUUUUCUUUCUACAAACUGCUUGAGAUAAAAAUGCUUGGUUCAGCUUUAGUUCUCCUUGCCGAGUGUUCGUUUGGCAUAUUCUGUUAUUUUCGGUGGCAGGUUAUGGUUUAAUUUAAGCUUAUUUGAGAGAAGCCCAUGAAUAACACUUUUGCGCAAUGACUUAUCCAAAAAACAUAUCAUUAGAUAUUAAUGAACAAUUUACCAAUGCAAUGUUAAUUAUUUUAAGCAUUGCAGAAACAAAUUACUUUAAGAAUAUGGGGAUUUGUAGUCAGUUGGAUCAAAUACGAGUGUCUUUAAGUAGGGAUUUCCAAUGAUGAGAGGCCAAAAUUAAAACUAAUCCAAGAAUAACAGUUUUUAUUUCCAAGAUAUUGACCUCUGAGCACUUGAACUGACUGCUCUAUUUUCAUUAAGGGAACCUGAGGUCCUUUUCCAUGAUUCCAAAGAUCAGUUUAUAGCCAAAGAGAGGACUUUGAUCCAGCACAAAACUUGUUGAAGUUUCUGAAACGUUUGGGGGAAAGCAUGUAACAUUCCUUGAAAUACAGCAAUCAUGUGCGACAGUAAUGGAUGCAAUUCUUUGAAGCCUAAUUAUGUAGUUUUGGUUAUUGGAAAUAUUUAUUUCCAGGUAUUUGAAAAAAAAAAAAAAAAAAAAAACCAGGAGUACAUGGAAAGCAGCAGUUUUUCCUCAGCCUACAGGUACAAAGACCAUCAAGCUGUCUGAUGAUCCACUUUUGGAGCAAUAAAUCACCAAAGACUGCUAUAAAACCAUUAAGUUUUAUAUGGUGCGUUAACAUGAAUACGGAGGAGGUUUUUUUUUUUUUUUUCCUAUUAGACUUUUUGUGGAAGACCUCUAACUGUGACUGUAAAUCUUACUCUGACCAUGUAAAUUGAAAUGGAUUUAUAUAUUUGACUUGAUUUUUAAACCUAUUUUUCUAAGAUGCCACUUUGCAACUUUCUGUGCCUUUAAUGUGAACCAGCAUUUUGUUUUCUUGAGGCAAUCUUUGGACGUUUCUACAUCCUGAAAACCCAGCUAUUGACUUUUAGACAUUUUUCUAAAGCGGCAAGAACUGAUUCAUCUAAUGGGAAUUGUUUACAUGUAUACUCUGUUUGACAUCUGUCAAGGGUAAAACAUCCAAACGGAUGAGUCAUCCUAAAUUACAAAUGGCUUCAUUUUUCAGUCAUCAAACUGUUAGACUGAAAGGUGUAUCAGGGAGUUUUUCUUCAAACUAGUUUUCUAAACCAUUUACUUUUCUACAUGGUGUAGAAGCAUAAAGGGACCUUUUCAGUGCAAUUUAUUUUAAUCGUACAUUAAAAUCAAAAAGUAAAUGGUUGUGGGUUACGACUGUUUUGAUGUUGAAUCUUGUAUAUUUUUCCCUAUUUCAUAGGUGGCGUUUUUCUUACUGUAUGGAUGGAAAACUGUAAACUAUUUAAGUUGUCAAUAAAAGUAAAAGCAAGCAA